AACAAGACCAUCACUGAUCUGAAGACCAUCACUGAUCUGAAGACCAUCACUGAUCUGAAGAUCAUGGAAAGAACAGCCGUCCUCCUCGUGAUCCUGAACCUUUGGACCUCUGGUCUGGCUCUAAACUGCAGAAGGGUUUCAGGCAGUCUGAAGCAGAUUGAUGCUGGGAACGGUCAGGUGUUUGGAGUGAACUCAGCAAAUAAGAUCUUCACCCUCUACAGCGGCACCUGGACUCAACUUUCUGGAUCUCUGAAGCACGUCAGCGUAGGACCUGCUGGAGUCUGGGGAGUCAACGCCAACAAUUACAUCCACAGACUCAAUCACGGAGAUUGGGUUCCUGUUAACGGUCAGCUGAAGCAGGUGGAUGCUGGAGGAAUGAUCUUUCCAGCUGGAGUCAACAUGAACGAUUACGUCUACUGCCUUCAAGGGGGUCAAGCCUCUUCCUGGACCAGCCUGCCAGGAAGGCUAAAGUACUACAGCUGUGGGCCAAACAGCUGCUGGGGGGUGAGCUCAGGAAACCAGAUCUACAUUAUGAAGGGUGUGACCUCAAACACCUGUGCUGGUUCCUUAAAUUGGGAGAAUGUAUCUGGAGCUCUUUCCAUGAUUGAAGUUUCAACUGAUGGAAAAGUCUAUGGGGUCCAUUCCAGUGGAGACAUAUUUGCUAGGGAAGGAAUCACUUCAACCAACCCUACCGGCACCGGGUGGCGCCAGGUCCCGUUCCGACAGAAAGUCAAGCAUGUUUCCUACGAUCUCGGGCAUCUGUGGGUCAUCGGUACCGAUAACAGCAUCAUGGACUGCACUGAGUAAAAGCCGAGAUGCCUCCUCUACAGUCCUACACUUCCUGUUCUACAGGGAUUCGCCAUAAAAUCAAUUCUUAAUUAAUAAAUUCUUUGUUUUCUUCCCCCUUCAAUACUGCAUUUAACCCAUUUUUUCCUGUACUGAUAUGAGUGCAAUUAAAUUUUUCUUGAUUCAAAUAAAUAUGAUUCUGGAUGCA